CUGUAAUGUCCCACCACCAUUUUGUACAUUGCACCAAAUGAAAGCCAACUCUCUUUUGCUCUUCCAUUUCAUCCACUAACUUCUUUUCUCUCUUUUCCUAGUCUAGAGAUUCCCCCUCCUAAGUCAACCUUCAACAGUAACUACUAUAUAAAUACUGCUAUACUGAAAUUUGGAUAAACAUUAGCCAAUAAACAAGUACUCACAAACCUUAGCUUAUCUCUGCCAUAAUGGAAAAAAUGGAUUCUGAGGAUCCUCCUUCUAUGCCUUCGACCCCGGUAACCCCAGGUACUCCAGGGGCUCCCCUCUUCGGAGGCUUUGCUGUCGAUAGGCCUAAAAAGAAGUCACUUCUCAGUAGGAGAUCCAAUUGUUUCACUGUAGAUACUUGGCCUAAUGAGGAGGGUGGCUUGCCCGCUGUGACCUGCAGCAUUACAAUGCCCCCUCCCCCGGUUCCUUUAACAAAGAAGGUGGUGGCAGAGUUCGUCGGUACCCUUAUACUAAUCUGUGCGGGCGCAGCCACUGCUAUUGUGAAUCAGAAGACGGAUGGAUCAGAGACGCUAAUCGGCCUUGCUGCCUCCAGUGGCCUUGCAGUCAUGAUCAUCAUUCUCUCUACAGGCCAUAUUUCCGGUGCCCAUCUGAAUCCAUCUGUCACCAUCGCCUUUGCAGCACUGAGACAUUUUCCAUGGACUCAAGUUCCAAUAUACAUAGGAGCACAAACGUUGGCAUCUCUAUGCGCUGCAUUUAUUCUCAAAGCAAUUUUCCACCCUAUCAUGGGUGGAGGUGUAACUGUUCCUUCAGUGAAUUAUGGUCAGGCUUUUGCAUUAGAGUUCAUCAUCGCCUUCAAUCUCAUGUUUGUUGUCACUGCAGUAGCCACCGACACAAGAGCUGUGGGAGAACUGGCUGGAAUUGCAGUGGGGGCAACUGUCAUGCUCAACAUACUUAUAGCUGGGCCAACUACAGGAGGAUCAAUGAACCCAGUGAGGACACUGGGGCCAGCCAUAGCUGCAAAUAACUAUAAAGGGAUAUGGAUCUACUUUACCGCCCCAAUUCUUGGGGCACUCUGUGGGGCAGGUGUCUAUUCUGCCAUCAAGUUGCCAGAGGAGGAUGAAGAUGCCCUCAAGCAGCCCUCAGCAGCAGCAAGCUUCAGAAGGUGAAUUAUUCAGAAUGAAUGAUGGUGCUUUCUGUGAGCAAAAUGACAACUAGUAUCCAGUUGCUGUGUGCAUUGUAAAUGGUAUAAUGUCAAUCGCAAAAAAUGUGACCUAUAUGAAAACUGAGUUUUGAGUUUUCAACAGCUCAUUGGAAGUUA